UGCUCUUUGCGUUCCAAAUGAAGCCAUCCCACUAAAAAUAAGCACACCCAUUAUAGCGGUCUACCACAAAGGAGACCCUCUUCUCUCAAACUCAGGCACCAGUGAGAUGCUCAUUCUGUCUCUUCUUUCCCCUAACCCUAAUUUUAUUCUCUUUUCAACUCCAGAGACCGCCAUUGAUCCAGAGAAACCAGAGCUAUGGGAGGGUGUUUCUCAGACACAAGGGGGGGCCAGCAAGCCGUGGGAACUGCUGAUAAAACCUCUGAACCUAAUGCUGAAGCCAACGACACAGUCGAUCUCUUCUUGAGAAAUAAAGGUCACUAUGGCCUCUACUCUCAAUUGGAGAUAUCACUGUCUGCCUCAAAUUUGCUUGAUCUGGAUGUUUUUUCAAAGAGUGAUCCCAUGGCUGUAAUAUUUUCAAAGAGAAAAGAUGGUACUUUUGAAGAGGUUGGACGUACAGAAGUUUUAUUGAAUACAUUGAAUCCUGUCUGGAUUACAAAGCUUUGUAUCAUUUAUCAGUUUGAGAUGGUUCAGCCAUUGGUGUUCAAAGUUUAUGAUGUUGACACCAAGUUUCAUAAUGUGCCUGUUAAGACAAUUCAUCUGGAUGAACAACAAUUUCUUGGUGAAGCUAGUUGCACUUUAGCAGAGAUAGUCACAAAGAGGGAUAGAACUUUGACACUUACUCUUCAAGGAAGAAAUGCAAUGGGGGCAAAGAACCUGGGAAUGCUGACUCUCCAUGCCGAAGAAGCCAUGGCAUCAAAGACAGUUAUAGAGAUGAAAAUACGUUGUUCUGAUCUCGAAAAGAAGGAUCUGUUCUCUAAAAGUGACCCUUUCUUGAUAAUAUAUAAAAUUGUGGAGAAUGGCACUCCAAUUCCAAUUUGUAAGACAGAAGUGAUAAAGAACAGUUCUAAUCCUACAUGGAGGCCCCUAGUCCUUACCAUGCAGCAAUUUGGAUGCAAGGAGAACCCGUUGAUUAUUGAAUGUUAUGACUUCAAUAGCAAUGGAAGACAUGAACUUAUUGGAAAAGUUCAAAAAUCAAUGUUAGACCUGGAAAGUCUUCACAAGGACCAUGGUGGAAUAAAUCUUUAUUUAGAGGUGCCUGUGCCUGUCGCAGGGGAUGCCCAUAAGCAGGUUUUGAAGAGUCAGCUAUUUGUGGAUAACUUUGUUGAGAAGCAGCAUUAUAGUUUCUUGGAUUAUAUUUCUGUGGGUUUUGAGCUCUGCUUCUUGGUUGCUAUUGAUUUCACAGCUUCAAAUGGAAAUCCUCGGCUCGCUGAUUCAUUGCAUUACAUCGAUCCUUCAGGUAGACUGAAUGCUUACCAGCAGGCCAUAAUAGAAAUUGGGGAGGUCAUUCAAUUCUAUGAUUCUGAUAAAAGCUUCGCUGCCUGGGGUUUUGGAGGGAGGCCAAUUGAUGGGCCUGUUUCUCAUUGCUUUAACUUGAAUGGUAGUACGGUUAAGUCCGAGGUUCAAGAGAUACAUGGCAUCAUGACAGCCUACACAAGUGCUCUGCAUAAUGUAUCCCUUGCUGGACCAACUUUAUUUGGGCAUGUGAUCAAUAAGGCAGCAGAAAGAGCUAACCAGUCACUGUUUUCUAAUCAAAGGAAGUACUUUGUCCUGCUUAUAAUUACGGAUGGGGUUAUUACUGAUCUCCAAGAGACUAAGGAUGCCAUUGUGAGGGCAUCUGACUUGCCUUUGUCAAUUAUAAUAGUUGGAGUUGGAGGGACUGAUUUCAAGGAAAUGGAGAUCUUAGAUGCGGAUAAAGGAGAAUUACUACAGAGUACCACGGGGAGAAUAGCUACUCGUGAUAUUGUACAGUUUGUUCCAUUCCGAGAAGUGCAUGCUCCAGGCCAGCAGAUCUCAGUUGUUCAGUCUCUCUUGGAGGAGCUGCCUGCGCAAUUUGUAAACUUCAUGAGGAGUCGGAAUAUCUUGCCCCACCCGCCAGGUGCUCAAGGUGGUGCUCCACCCCCUCCUUGAUUUUGAGAGAGAGCUGAAGCCCACACCACUGACAUUGAGCUUGAAUCAUCAGGCUGAUAUACAAGUUGCUUGGGUCUGUUAGCUGUGCUCAGCUCAUUCGGGGCCAUUUCUUCCAGUUAAUUGACAACCAAGCUUCCUGUUUUUGAGUUAAAAGGUUUUGUUACUUUGUGUGAAUGCUCUUUUGAGAAAGGAGAAUGGCCCUUUUGAGCGCUCGCUGUACAGCCAUUGGAUUUGUAAAUGUGAUGAUUGAUUUUACGGAUUGUGAGUACAUGAAGUUGGUGAUUGCUAUCAAUUUGUGCCUGUGUGUGUGUGAGAGAGAGAGAGAGAGAGAGAGAGCACGCCUUAACAGGUUUAUGUUAUUGACUGGGAUGUCUACAAUGAGAACACUUGCUAUGAA